UUUAUACCUUAAAAUGACUAGAAAGAAGUCUAACAAAACAGCCUUUAACAACACCAAUUCUGACCGUCCAACUAAAAAUAUUAUUAAAAACAACAAUAACAAUACAAUAGAAGCAGCAUUUAAAAGAAUUCAAAAUAUUCGUCAAUGUCCAAAAUGUAACAAAAAGAUGGAUUAUUCUAUUUAUUUACAACAUUAUGAAAAAUGUAAAAAUCGAGAGGGGGAGGUGGAGGAGGAUGAUGAUGAUAUUAUUUUUUGUGGAGAAGGACAAGGACAUAAGGAGAAUGAACAAGUAUCCAGGGAAGUCAAUAACUCCAAGAAGAAUCAAAAGAGAACGGAUAAAUCAAGCGUGGUUGUGAAUGUGGAGGAUGAGGAUUCUCGUUCAAAUUCUGAAGCCCCGAGAAGUUCGGCACUGAAUUCUGGUAUUGUUUCUGAAAAUGUUUUUGAUGGCAAUGCGAGAAGAGCUCCAGCAAGUCCAAUAACUAUUUGUGAUGAUAGCUCUAACGAAGUUCCAAUUACUUCUUUUAAACCCAAAAAUUAUUGUUCCGAUUUGCCACUAGCUCAAAUUUAUGAUUUGUGUGUUGAACGGCUACAAAGGUUUUUGAAUGAGCAAGAAGAGCUUUUGCGCAAUCUUCCACCUCCAAAAUGCGAUACUAAUCGACCAAUGGAUUUGACAGACGAAAAUGAUUCUCUUAUGGACUCACCACCAACAGAAAAUUUGUCUAACAAAUUACUUCCAGUUCAUUAUUCUUUACGUUUUGUUUGGCAAAUUAUACAAAAAGCUCUCCACUGUGUUAAAAACGGACAUGGAAAUAUUUUGGAGACUGCAACUAAAUUUUGGGGCGAUUCUUUAAGAAAAGUUUAUUCUUUUUUGACAACUUCAGUUUCGGCUCAACAACUUUUUUGUAGAAUAUUGGUACGGAGAAGAGGUUUUCAUAUUGCUCGUAAUAUUAGAUAUCACGAUUUGGGCCCAAAAUUGAUGCCUUUAUUUAUUGAACUCUGUGAAAAUGGAUUUUUUGAGGAAGCAUUUUCAAUAAACGAAAAUGGCGAUCCAAAUUCUUCAAAUAUCACACUUGAUGAAGCUUUCAAUUUACUUCAAGUAGACGAUUUUAAAAUUAUUUGCAAAAAAUUUCAUAUUGAUACAAGAAUUGGAAGGCAGGGAAUUAUUAGAGAAUUAAAAAAGCAUGCAAUACGUAAAGAUGUUUUUGGACGGUGUAAUUUGAAGCAUUUGUUGAAUUGUAUAAAACAACUAACCGGAAAGUGCUACAGAAUUAAACAGGAUAUACUCUAUUUCUUUAAUUCUUUUUUCUCUGUAUAUGCCCCAAACUUGAUGGAUGUUGGCGCCGCUGCUGUUCGUCCCCAUCAAUGUUAUGUUGAUUUGUGUGAUCAAUUAAUUUUCUCAAUGCUUCAACGUCAAGCAGAAACUUUAAAUUUUGUAAAUAAUUUAAAUUUGAAAUAUUCUUUGAUUGACCUUUUUUCUGAUUUUGAUGGGUUAACAAGAUAUGUUAAAGCAAAAUAUGAUGAACAACGUUUAGUUUGCCUUAUUGACAAGUCUUUAUUUGAAGAAGCAAAAUCUGUAGCUGCAGAAUUGAAAGAAUUAUUUUCUAAGGAAUUUUUGGAUGGCGAAGAGGAUGCAAAAAUUUUUCAAUUUAUUAAUUUGCCUGUUUAUUUACGCAAAUUUACACCUCCUUGGAUUUAUUGUCGUUGUAUAUUUCGGGGAGUUGAAGCAGCCCAGAGAUUAAGAGACUAUGAACUUGCUGUAAACUGGCUAAUAUUUUUGUUGAGUAAAGAAGAACUCAAACAUUUUUGUAUCAAUUCCCGUGGAAGAUGGUAUAAACGUUUGGUGCUUAAUUUAAAUAAACACUUGAAACGAAAUGCGGAGGCAGCUAAAUUUUGUUGUAAAGGAAUUGAAGACAAUUUUGUUUUGCUUUCUGAUAAAUUGUCGCUACAAGAAAGACUUGACAAAUUAUCCCAACGUGUGGUGGACUGUCCACAGGCUUUGUUGGAGAAUCGUUUGGUUUUGGAUGAACCAGAAAAGGUUUCAAUUACUGGACUUACAUUAGGAAAGGGGCUAGGCGAUGGUCUUCAAGUUAACCAUUUUUAUAUUCCUUCGACUUCAACUCAACCUAAUCUUAAUGAAAAUGUUCAACCAGAGACUACAAUUCAAUCAGAUACUUUGUCGUCAGCUUCAGAUACUUCUUCUUGUUUUUCUUUUACUUCUACAAGAAGAGGAGGGCUUUUUGAACAACAACAGCCUUCAACACAAACAACAACAGCUCCAAUAAAUUUAAAUAAUACAAAUAUAAAUAAAUGUAACGUUGAAGAAAUUGCAUUACGCCAUUUCAUUGAAAAUGAAAAUUACAAGGAGGGAGUACAUGCUGAGGGAAAAAUUUGGCAUAUGUUGUUUCGACUAUUCUUUUGGGAUAUAAUUUCGUGUGUUGAAUUUGAGAAUGAGUUGGCUAAUAAUGUUUGGAUUUCGUGGAUGCAAAAUGACCCUCUAGAUCUCAAUUAUACAAUGUUCUACGAAAAUCGCUUAACUUUAAUUGAUUCUCGUCUUGAAAAAAUUCUUGAAUCCUUGUCUGAAUGUAUACUCUUAAACAAAACUCCUUCAACAACAUUUGAAGAAAGGAUUCCUUCUUCAACAGGAUCACCCCAACGUAAAUCUCCUCGUAAAUCUGUUCAUUGUCCAUGCUUUAUUCAUUCAACUGUUGACAAACAUUACAACGAAAAAUUAGCAAAAAAUAUGGGGAAUUCAGCAAGGAGUUCUACCAUUGAAUGGCACGAUUUUGAAGGAGGGAAAGAACAACUUUUGCGUUUUCUACAUUGUUGUUCACCUGUUUUGUUACAUGCUUUAUUUAAAAAGUUGUGUUCAAAUUUUCGCCAAAGCCGUAGUGGAUUUCCUGAUUUGACCCUUUGGAAUGCCGAGGAUCGCAAAUUAGCGGUAGUAGAAGUAAAAGGACCUAACGACAAAUUAUCUACUAAACAACAAAUUUGGUUAGACUUUUUUAAAUCUCAAGGUGUUAGAGCUGUUGUAUGUCAUGUUUCAGGUGAAAAUAAUUUAUUUUUGUAUUAA